GAAGGAGGGGACGUCCACUCAUUGUUACCAACUCGAGGAGCGGCGGAGACCCCGUUGCUACACGUGAAUUGUCGGCACAACAUUCAGAUCGCAGCUUGAACAUCAUCUUCAUUGUUGCUUGUCAUCAGUAUUCUCUCCAAAGCAUCAGCGCUGUCCGUCGAGGGAGGAGAGGGAGGAGUGCGAGCGGUCACAGACGCAGCAUCUUAAAGGACCACAGCAUCUUCCCAGGCCAUGGAGGUCUUGUGACACACUGCUGCCGCUGACCGGAUUCCCCACGGUGAUGGAUGCAGCCAGCUUCAGUCAUGGCGGUGUUGGACCACGCCACCCCACCCACACUGUUUCUCUGUGAGCUGAAGAAGAGGAAGAGACUACCAGACAGUCCCGGAUCUUUAAACCUUGUGGUCUCCUCAUCCUGGUGAAUGAGACACAUACUUACUGGGCUCAACCCUUCUUCCUAACCAGCCGCCCUCCCUCGAUCUAUUCAAUUCAAUUCAGUUUAUUUUGUAUAGCCCAGAAUCACAAAUUACAAAUUUGCCUCAGAGGGCUUUACAAUCUGUGCACAUGCGACAUCUCUCUUCUCUCCUGCUGUACGGGCCGGUCAUGGAUCUCCUGUGGGUGCUGUCGGUGUCCAUGUUGACGGCGUGCGUCGCCAUCCCCAUGGAUGCGGCGGAGGGGAGCCACAGCCUCUUCACUUGCGAGCCCAUAACCCUGCGUAUGUGCCAGGGGCUGCCCUACAACUCCACUUACAUGCCCAACAUACUGAAUCAUUACGACCAGCAGACCGCGGCCCUCGCCAUGGAGCCGUUCCAUCCCAUGGUGAACCUGCAGUGCUCUCCGGAGCUCCGGGUGUUCCUGUGCGCGCUCUGCCCGGUGUGCACCGAGUACGGCCGCAUGACUCUGCCCUGUCGCCGCCUCUGCCUGCAGGCCAAGAGCGACUGCUACAAACUCAUGGACAUGUUUGGUGUCAGCUGGCCGCAGGAAAUGGACUGCAACAGGUUCCCAGACUGUGACGAGCCUUACCCCCGUCCUGUAGACCUCCUGUCUGGCUCGGACACAACGGAGUCCCCCAUCUCCGUCCAGCGGGACUACGGCUUCUGGUGUCCAAGAGAACUCAAAAUCGACCCUGAGCUGGGUUACUCCUUCAUGGGGGUCCGUGACUGCUCCCCCCCCUGCUCCAACAUGUACUUCACACGUGAGGAGCUCACGUUCGCCCGCUACUUCAUCGGCGUGGUGUCCAUCGUCUGUCUGUCCGCCACCCUCUUCACCUUCCUGACCUUCCUCAUCGACGUGUCGCGCUUCCGCUACCCGGAGCGUCCGAUCAUAUUCUACGCCGUGUGCUACAUGAUGGUGUCCCUGGUGUUCUUCCUGGGCUUUCUGUUGGAGGACAAAGUUUCCUGUAACGCAGCGAGUCCCGGGAGGUUUAGGGCUUCAACCGUGACCCAAGGCUCCCAUAAUAAAGCCUGCACCCUUCUCUUCAUGGUGCUGUACUUCUUCACUAUGGCCGGCAGCGUCUGGUGGGUCAUUCUGACCAUCACCUGGUUCCUGGCUGCUGUUCCCAAGUGGGGCAGUGAGGCGAUAGAGAAGAAGGCCCUCCUGUUCCACGCCUGCGCCUGGGGCAUCCCCGGUGUCCUCACCGUCUCCCUGCUCGCCAUGAACAAGAUCGAGGGAGACAGCGUCAGCGGGGUCUGCUUUGUGGGGCUGUACAACCUGACGGCCCUGCGUUGGUUCCUGCUGGUCCCACUUGGAUUGGAUGUUGUGGUCGGUGUGGCACUGCUGCUGGCAGGCAUAGCGGCUCUGAACCGAGUCCGCAUGGAGAUUCCCCUGGAGAAGGAGAACCAGGAGAAACUGGUGAAGUUCAUGAUCCGCAUCGGCGUGUUCUCCGUGCUCUACCUGGUCCCCCUGCUGGCCGUCCUGGCCUGCUACCUGUACGAGAACAGCCACCGAGCCAUCUGGGAGACCACCUGGGUCCAGGAGAAGUGUAGAGAGUACCACAUCCCCUGUCCUUACCAGGUGGAGCGUACCAGUCGUCCUGACCUGGCCCUGUUCCUGAUCAAGUACGUGAUGAUGCUGAUCGUGGGAAUCCCCUCGGUGUUCUGGGUGGGCAGUAAGAAGACCUGCUUCGAGUGGGCCGGCUUCUUCCACGGCAAGAGACGCAAAGACGGGAUGGUGAACGAGAGCAGACAGGUGCUCCAGGAGCCCGACUUCGCCCAGCUGCUGCUCAGGGACCCCAACACGCCCAUCGUGAGGAAGUCACGGGGCACGUCCACCCAGGGGACCUCCACCCACGCCUCGUCCACCCACCUGGCCAUGUUGGAUGAACCGCCCAGCGCCAGCACCAGCCGGGCCGGCUCCGUCCGCAGCGCACGCUCCAAGAUGAGCAGCUACCACGGCAGCCUGCACCGCUCCCGGGACGACAGAUAUACGGCCUCCAGUUUCCGUGCCACAGACGACCGGCUGCUCUACGGAAGCUUGCCUCGCCUCAACGACCAACCGCAGUCCAGACACUGCAGCACCAAUCGCCUGGACAGCCUAUCACGGCACGGCUCCACGCAACGACUGGAGAGCCAAUCACGGCAAAGCAGCGUCAGGGACCUCACCGGAACCACCCAAGCUGUUCUCGGUGUCCCUGGAAACGGGAUUCACAGAGUCCUGGAGGAGGACGGAGCUACAGCCUGAAGAGGACCUGGGAUACUUCUGGAGAUGGAAGAUGUGACUGGAAGGAGAGUGGGAAUGAUGACUUCUUUCUUUUUCUAAAAGGAUAAAGAAUGUGUGAGGAUCCACAGUAAGCUGCACUGAAUGCAGAGGAGAAACCACUGUGGUGUCCUGAAGCACAGUUUACUGAUGACGUUAGCUAGAAUCGGGCUACAUCCAGCCCAACGGAGAGGACCGAGUGUGGAUCGAUGCCUUAAAAUGUCCUCUCAGCUUGACUCAACCUACUGCUGAUCCCAAAACUGAAGUUCAAAACAAUCUUUGUCUUGUUUGCAAAAACCUGCGAUGGAUCUUAAGGUCCGGAUGGUGACCUGUAGACAACCAACACUGGAAACUGUGGACGAGGCUCGACUGCUGGACCGACGUCAUUGAGCCCGUCGAGAACAAAGCGUGACCGACACUGAGUGACUGCACUAGAUGGUUUUUGACUCUUACUGUAUUGUUUGUAUAAAGG